CGCCAACAUCACGAAUCUCCCCGCACACGCCUCACACACGAUGUCGCCCCCUCACCAUGGCAAGACGCCUGCCGCGUUCAGUAUGCGCAGCCCGUACGCGGCGUACAGGAGUCCGUUUGGUCCUCAAUACACCAUUCCCCGCAACUACCACGGCAUCACCGCAAAGCACGCUAUGAAGGCUGGCGUCCUAGCAGCCGGCUUCGGCGGCGCAGCAGGCUUCUUCGCCCUCUUCUUCUUCGCCGAGGUACCGCGCGUCCGCGAAGACAUCAUGAAGAAGAUCCCCGUGGUCGGAAGCUACUUCAACGUCGAGAUCCCGCCGGAGGACAACCCGUUUUAGAUGGGUUGCAUUGGAGCUGGGGUGCGGAGGAUGUACAUUAUGGUGGUGGGAGAAGUUAUAGAGUAGUGGAGUGGCAGUGCUGUGUUUUAGCGGCUAAAGAAUAGACCACUUUUAAGUUC